UCACAUUUCCCAGAGGAGAAACCUCGGACCGCGUCACCGCGGGUCCCCUCACCCUCACGUGAGAAAUGUCGACGCCGCGCGGGCGCCGCCCUCACAGGCCGUCCGCCGCGGCGGAGGCGGACGCCCUGAUCUCGCUGCCGACGGGCGUCCUCGACGACAUCCUCGACCGCGUCGGCCUCCUUGACGCCGUCCGCACGUCGGCGCUCUCCCGCGCCUGGCGGCGCCGAUGGGAGGACCUCCCGUCCAUCGACUUCUACUUCCCCCGCCCCGACGAGGCCAAGCACCUGAGGUCCGUCGACAGCGUCCUCCUCCGCUGCCCCGGCCGCGUCCGGCGCCUCUGCGCCCACCUCGACGAGCCCUCCGAAGGCCGCAUCCACGACUGGCUCCUCGUCCUCUCCCGCCGGGGCGUCGACACCCUCAACCUCAGGCCCAUCUCCUUCGACGCCGUGCUCGCGCUCCCCGCCUCCGUCUUCGCCUGCCGCCGGCUCACCAACCUCCGCCUCCACGCCUGCGCCAUCCCGCCCCUGCCCGCGGGCUUCGAGGGGUUCCCGGAGCUGAGGAAACUUGCUCUCACCUGCGUCCGGUUCCGGGAGAACGGGGAGUACCAGCUGGAGGAGAUCAUCGCGACGUCGCCCUCGCUUGAGAAGCUGGUGUUCUGGGAGGUGAAAAUCCUGGGCGACUUCAAGGAGUGGGUGAUUCAGGGGCCCAAUAUCCAGGACAUACAGAUCAGUUCGUCCAAAGAUCUGGGCUGGAUCCUUGGGGAGCUUCCGUCCCUGCACUCUGCCAACAUUGAUAUACUGGACUAUUUAGGGGGGCGCGAUUUCGCCAAAUUCCUCGCCGGCUUUUCGAACAUUACCAAGCUUGUGAUUUGCACUCGGCAUUCACCGUUAAAUGGGGCUAUAAUACUAGAGAGGCUUCAAUGCAAAUUUGGCAACUUAAAAAGCUUGACACUAUAUACACAAUUUUGUGAGCUUCCCUCCAUUCUAUCAACCUAUUGCUUACUAAGGAAUGCCCCAAACCUUGAAAGACUCAAAAUACUGAUCGACAAUAGUGCCGAGCAGAAAUUUGAGGCACAUGAAGAGUUUCAAAAUUCACAGUGGACCGGUGGCAUGUGUGCCAACCUUCAGUUCGUGCAGAUAACUGGUAUUCAUUGGCUUCCAAAUGAGAUGACUUUUAUAGAGCUUAUUCUCUCUAAAGCAAGGCUUUUUUGCACAUUAUUUAUUACUCAUGGUGAGAAUUGCUCAAUGUCGAAUGAGGAUGCAAUGAACAAGAUACUAAGUUACAGAAGAGCUUCGACCUGUGCCGAGAUUCUGUUUAAAGGGAAAGCCAGUGUCACAUUUUUUCGCAGCUGAAGCCGUAUGCAGAGCUGUCUCACCGGAAUGCAUCCAGAAAAUCGCUUUCCCAAAUCACUGGCAUAGUUCUGUGUCCUGAAAGAAGCUUGCUUAUGUCACUGGCACAAAAUUUGUGAUAUACUUCAGUGCAGUAGCUUGUCGUGUCUGUUUUUUUUUUUUGAACUGAGCGUGUCUUGUUGGUACUUCUGCUGUUGCGGGUUAAACUCUUUUAUGAGAUUCAACUUGGUCUUAAAA